CAUUUAACUGGACCGAGCCCGGUCCGCAGCUCUGUGUACCACUGUGUGUGUGUGUGUGUGUGUGUGUGUGUGUGUGUGUGUGUGUGUGUGUGUGUGUGUGUGUGUGUGUGUGUGUACACCAUGUCUAAAGGUCCGCUGCUCCGCUCGUUGGUGGAACAGAGGAUCAGUUUGGCCGCAGCAGAAAUAUUUGGACUGUUUGAAAGGACCAUAGCAGAGUACGAGGAGGAGCUGAGGAGGUCCAAAGAGGAGAACCAACGGAACCACAAACUACUGGAGGAGCUGAGGAGGUCCAAAGAGGAGAACCAACGGAACCACAAACUACUGGAGGCGAUUUGGAACCCGGACGUCCUGGGACACACAACAGACAUCAAACCUCCUUCUGAGCAGCAGGAGUGGAGUCCUGGUCCGGAACAGGAGGAACCGGAUCUGGAUCCAGAAUCCCCCCACAUUAAGCAGAAACCAGAGGAGCUGUGGACCAAUCAGGAGGAAGAUAUCACCAGGGACACACCCACUGUCACUGUGAAGAACGAAGAUGAUGAAGAGGAAGGAGGACCAGAACCAAAUGGACCAGAACCAGAUGGACCAGACAGUGGAGGACCAGAACCAGAUAGAAUGGACUAUGGAGGACCAGAACCAGAUGGGCUGGACUGUGGAGGACCAGAACCAGAUCCAGAACCCCCCCACAUUAAGCAGGAACCGGAGGAGCUGUGGACCAAUCAGGAGGCAGAUAUCACCACAGACACACCCACUGUCACAGUGAAGAAUGAAGAUGAUGAAGAGGAAGGAGGAUCAGAACCAGAUGGACCAGACAGUGGAGGACCAGAACCAGAUGGAAUGGACUAUGGAGGACCAGAACCAGAUAGACCAGAACCAGAUGGAUCAGAACCAGAUGGACCGGACCAUGGAGGACCAGAACCAGACAUGAUCAUCUUCCACAGACUGGACCUGAACAGUAGAACUUCCCCGCUGUCCGGGUCCGUGUGCAGGCAGAACCUGUCUGGUUCUGUCAGAGCUGCAGUAUUUUCUGAAACUGAACACGGUUCACACGUCAACACUAACAUCAGCGGCGCCGACAUCAAACCGCAUCAGUGCUCCGAAUGCCCUUUGACCUUUGGCAGGAGGUCCCAUCUGUCCAGACACAUGAGAAUCCACACCGGAGAGAAACCUUUCAGCUGCUCAGACUGCGGGAAAGGAUUUGGUCGAAAAUCAGCCUUAACGUUUCACAUGAGAGUCCACACAGGAGAGAGACCAUUCAGCUGCUCCGUCUGCAAGAAGAGUUUUAAAGAAAAGGGGAAAGUGAAGAGACACAUGUUGACUCACACCAGGGAGAGGAAGUUCGUAUGUUCGGUUUGCGGAAACACGUUUUCUCAAAAAUCCAAUUUAAUGACACACAUGACGAGUCACAGUGGAGAGAAACCCUUCAGCUGUUCGGUGUGUGGGAAAUGGUUUUCAUUGAAGGGAAACCUCCAGGCUCACAUGAAGAUCCACAUGAAACUGAAAACACAGUGAAACGUCAAGAAAACACAUACACACACACUGACUUUUAUAUUUGGUACUGAUGUGGACUUUAACA